CCCGCCACUGCCGGCCGUUUAUCAUGGCGGUCUCCGCCGACCCAGAUCACGGCCUCGACACCGUAAUCACUGACCCUAUUGCCCCAGAGCCACAUCGGUACCGUGGCCUCCAUUUUCCUGCUUCCGUGAAACAACGCGCAUACCGCUUCGACGGCCUCGGAAACUACUUCAUCAAGGACUGGGAUCUCACCGAUGGCGUCGGCGAGGAAUUCCAUUGGUAUCACAUCGAGCUUCCCAAAGGAAACAACCAUCUCGCCCAUGCUGCCCAAUACCUAAUCGAAGCCCUCUGCCCUCCAUUCCGCCUCCAUGACAUCCUAACCCUCGUCAGCAACGGUCCCUUCGUUGGUCAUGUCGAUGGUGCGCUCGUCUUUAGAGUCAAUUCGCAGGGGCCGGCUGCGAGUGAUUUCACCCUCCGGCUCGCUGCGAGAGUGACAGAGAGAUCAGUGAUCACUGUUUCGUUGGGUAGGGUUCCGAGACUGGAGUUCUCGCCUGCGGGGCGGUCACUUUUGUCCGAGAUUCCGAGCAUUGAAGAGCAGAAGGCUGGCACCGAAUCUGUUGUUAUACCAGAGCAUGUGCUAGAGUUCUUGUUGACCAUGAAUCACUCAGAGGAAGGCGAUAAUCCGGUUCCCAAAAUGGUCUCGAAUCUUCUCGUUCAUAUAAUUGAUACACAUGUGGAUCAUAUUCAGGAUAUUGUGACCAAGUUGGAGAUGGAAUUGGAUACUGUCGAGCUUGAUUUGGAUAAAGGGGGAUUUAUGUUUAAGAAGAAAAUGCUGGAUGAUAGAAGAUUUCCCAAGAUGCAUCUCAAUUUGCAGCGGCUUCUACAGGUAGUUUCUCAUUGUGAGCAAGUGUUCCCACGUGUAAAAGAAAAAUGCGCACUCAAAAGCUGGUUUGCAAGCGAAGAUGUUGUCACUCUCGAAGAACUAAUCAGCCGAUUGAGGCGAAUAAAAGAGAAUUUAGGCUUUUUAGUAAAUCGAGUGAUGGCUAUUCAGGCAGGUUUAGAUAGCUGGCAAUCGGAGCAGAUUAACAAGAAGCUUUAUUAUCUUUCUUUCCUCUCUAUGAUCUUCCUUCCUUUAUCUGUAGUUACAGGAGUGUUUGGAAUGAAUGUGGGAGGCCUUCCAUGGACUGGGCAAAAGGGACCAGACAUGGACAAUGGAUUCCUAAAUGUUCUAAUUAUCUGUGCGGUGCUGUUACUGAUUCUUCUAAUUUUGUUCACCUUCCCUUCGCUCAUCGGCCGGUUUAAUGGCUGGAGAGGUCAAUUGUUGAAUAAAACCAGAAGUUUUGGCAGAAGAUCCUCCUUCAUUAGAUCGGGUGCUAAAUAUCAACGCAUUUGAAGGAUUAUAUGGUUCAUAUUGAUUCUACUUUGAAAAGGUGUUACAGUUCUUAUUUUAUUUUGUUAUAAAACAAUGAAUUGUUCCUGUCAAGUGGCUUUCAUUGGAAGGACAGGUUGUAGUAGGAGUUCGAUGCCGUGUGUAAUGAUGCAUCAAGACAUGGUUGAUGUUAAGAUGAAUUAAUCAUCCAAUCCUAGUGACGGGGAAGUCUUAUUAAUUUUUUGUAUAUUGAAGUGGGCCUACAAUUCUUAGUGAAGAUUUAAAUUCGUGAAAAUGUACAAGAUUUAAAUUGGUUUAUAGUGGACAAGUUCAGAAGCACAUGAAUU